AUGGCCUCGCUGGCGCUGCUGGGCGGCCUGGGCUCGGGACGCGCCGAGCUGACGCCGCCGCCGGCCGACGACGAGGAGCGGCUCGGCGAGCGCGAGCCGGCCAGCCCCGGCUACCCGGACAGCUCGGCCAGCCGCUCCGAGGACGGCAGCGGCUCCGAACGGCGACACACCGGCGAGUCCGGCUACGGAUCCGCCAAAAAGCGCCGCAAACAGUCGUGUCCCGUGAAGCUGGGCUCAGGUGAGAGCGAGGACGGCGGCGGCGACGAGCCGGCCGCCGGCGGUCCGCUGCCGCUGCGCUGCCCCUACUGCCCGCUCGCCUUCCCCGGCGAGGCGCAGUUCAAAUACCACAUCGAGGUGGAGCAUGUCAGAAGGAUGGGGGUCGCCGACGCGGGCGCCGGGGAGAGCGCGAUCUUCGGUCGCGAGCUGCCUCUGAACCUCUCCUCGGGUCAGAGACCGGACGGCAGUGCCGAGCAGGAGGGGCGGUAUCCGGAGGUGGGCACCCCGAAAUCAGAGGCCGGCAUGCCGACGGCCAUGCCGCUGCCGCCGUCCUUCCAAGACAAGUUCCCCGUGCCCAAUUUUCUGCAGUUCGGACCUCCGCCGUUCCUGCUGUCGUUCCUCCAGCAGCAGACGGGCGUCGCGCCGGCCGCGCAGCCGCCGCCCGGCGGGGACGCGCCGCUGAAGAUCUUCAACCCGGAGGCCUACUGCGAGCUGUGCAACAAGGAGUUCUGCAACAAGUACUUCCUGAAGACACACAAGGCCAAUAAGCAUGGCGUUUACAGCGACGCUCCGCCCAGCGCUGGCGGCGUGGGCAAUGGAGUCGGUCACGUCGGCGGCGCCGGCGGAGGUCCGCGUCUGUCGCCCAGCGGCGACUCCCGCGACUCCGGCCGGCCCUCCAGUGAGGCGGACGCGCUGCGUCCUCCGGGCAGCGCUCACCCGGACACGUUCUGCGAGCCGUGUCAGAAGGAGUUCAGCGAGCCCUGCUACCUGCAGCGCCACCGGCAGCUGGUGCACGGCGCCGAGGCGGCGGCGCCCGGCGGCUCGCCGGCGCGGCCACCGGCCGACCCGUACGACAGCCGCCAGCUGCUGGAGGCGGCCCCGUCACCGUCCCUGCUGCAGCAGCUGGACGCCGCCCAGGUCGCCGACCACCAGACCGCCGUGCACCUCUUCAUGGACAAGCUGGCGAUGAACGGAGAAGCACCGCCGAAGAACUUAUCCAAAGAGCAGCUACAGCAAAUCGGGGUGAGAAACGUCGACGCGUUCUGCAACAUCUGCUGGAAGGAGUUCUGCAACAAACAUUUCCUGAAAAUGCACAGGUACAAGAUGCACGCCAUGAGCUCACCGCCAUCUCUUCCUCCACCCGUCGAGCGGGAUCCGCAACCCGAGGGGGAACCAGAUCAGGAGAGGGUCAACGGCACCGACCCGCAGCCCUGUCCUCCGCUGGAGCCACCAACGGAGUCCCAGCUCAACAACACAGACGGCAUUGAAUGUGAGCUCUGCACCAAGACGUUCCAAAGCGCCUAUCUGCUGCAGAUGCACCGGUAUUACUUCCACGGCUCAGGUCAGCAGAACAGCCACACCACUUCGCCGCCGCAGCCGCUAGCGCCAGCGAACAGAGAGAAGCCGCGGUCCCCCGCAACGCCGAACAAGAAAGAACACUUCAGCGAAGAUCUGAAGAAGCUUCAGGGUAUGAUCAAGGGUCUAAAUGAAAAGAAGGGCAGUUCUGGUGUGACGUGCCACAUAUGUGCGAAAAGGAUGGACAGCAAAAACGCGUUACAUGCACAUCUUAUCCAGGAGCACGGUAUGUUCAAUAAAAAGGAAGAGCUGAUCAUUCCAAAACCACCUACUGCCCUCAAUUCAUCUAAACAUCCGCUGAUGAAAGACAACGAUCAAGCCCCGGAAUCACCGGGUCAUAAAGGAGAGACGAUUUGCAGUGUUUGCAAUAAGGACUUCUAUGCGAAGUUUUUCUUGCAACAGCAUAUGCAAACUGCCCAUGGCAUUCAAGCCCAAGCGCAGCCGAUGAAUGAAACCGCGUUCCUAGCAAGAAUUCGCCUUGAAGUCGAGGGUCAAAAGAAGCUGGAAAGGCCCAAACCAGCGAGCACCAGCCGAAGCUACUGCGAAAUUUGCAACAAAGAGCUCUGCAACAAGUACUUCAUGAAAACUCACAUGAUCAAGAUGCACGGCAUAAACAUGGACAACCAUCAGAAUCAGGCCGGCGUGAAGUGCGAUGUUUGCGAAAAGGAGCUCUGCAGCAAAUACUUCCUGAAGGUCCACAAGCAGAACACGCACGGCAUCUACGUUCCCGACGACGACAAGUCGUCUCCGGACAACGACCCCGUUAUCAAAGAGGAGGAGGGACUCGAGGUGUGCACGGUCUGCAGCGGGAAGUUCAAGACGGCCAAGCUGUUGGAGACACAUAUGGCCAGUGAGCAUGGCGCGCCGAAAGAGAAGAAGAGCAAGAGCAGCUCGUCGCACAAGUCGGCUGCCCCACCCAGUAUGGGCGCUCCGUGCAGCCUGUGCGGCCACUGUCUGCCGGACCUGCUCUCGCUGCGGCUGCACGUCAUGCAGGUUCACCCGUUCCACGACCAGAAGCGCAGCGACAAGCCGGCGCUGAGCGGCGACGCCGCCGCCCUGGAGCAGUCCCAGCUCGGCGACAAGCUGCUGCGCCACCCGUUCGGCCCGCUGGCCGGCGCCUUCCCCCCGUUCCUGCCAGCCGAGCGGCUGAUGGGCCUGCUGCCUCCCCUCGGCGCGCCGGCCGCGGCCCUCCUCGACUCUGCCGCAGACCCUCCGAGCGGGCAGCAGCCGCUGCUGCAGCUGCAGCCACAGCGACCGGCGCCGGGGCCCGCGCGCCGGCCGCCGGCCCACCGGCCGUACCGCUGCAAGCCGUGCGGCCUGCGGUUUCCGCAGCGGCACCACUACCUCAGCCACUGGCACCAGAAGCACGGCCACACGCGGCUGCCGUACGCCGCCAGCCUGCUGCGGGGCUACCUCAACCGAAACUACCGCUGCACGCGCUGCGGAUUCAGCUCGCGACUGCGCGCGCUGGUGCGGCGUCACGUCCGGCGCCACCACCGGCGCGGCACCGACGGCCAGGCGGUGCCGCACCUGUACGCGCUGCCGCUGCCGCCGCCGGCCGGCGCCGCCGACGACUACACCAUGCAGGCGUUCCUGGUGCAGCAGCCGGCCGCCGAGGCGCAGCAGUCACCGCUGCUGGCGCCCGCCUACGCCGUGCUGCCCGUCUUCAGGCGGCUGUGUGAGAAGACGGAGCUGAGGCUGACGCUGCUGCCCGCCUGAGCCGGCGGCCUCCGCUGGUAGGACAGCCACAGGCCAGAGGCGGCCUCCGCUGGUAGGACAGCCGCCGCCGCACAGGCCAGAGGCGGCCUCCGCUGGUAGGACAGCCGCCGCCGCGCAGGCCAGAGGCGGCCGACAGCCGCAAGUAAGGUGCGAGAGUUGGUGAUUUGGCGGGUUUAAAGUCUGUUCAACGAUCUCAGGGUGACUUCAGCUAUUCCAGUAUGCGUGUAUUUGCAAUGUGCCGGUGUGUUAGGUAGCUUGGGUGCUGUUACGCGGGUACUCGUGUAGUGUAGCUCCAGAGACGCAUCCUGCGUCCCUGACACGUACAACCAUCUACCUCCAAUCUAUCAGAUACGAUAUUGAAUACUGACCAAUCGAUAUACGUACAGAACUAAGCCUAGACGCGAUAGUCAAUCAAACACCUACCCUACGUACAUAUAGUCGACCGUUUUUAUAGUGAAGCUUGUUUUAUAUCUAGGUGCAACUGAAGUCGAAGACGAAAUGCCUAAGUUUUGUCUGGAAGAACUCACAUACAUGAGUUUAUAGGAAGUAUUCGUAGAUCAAGCUAGUUAUCACUUGUUCAAAUUUAACCAUUUGCAGGGACAACCUGUGAUGCUUCAAAUUGUACCAUACUUUACUUCUUACAGUGGCAUAUUUAGCAAUAGCGAAAAAGACAUUUAUUCUUACACCUGACACCUCAUCGGUUCACACUGCAAGUGAAUGGACACGAAAGGAAAAGAAGUCCGGGUCGCCGUCUUACACAAACAAAAUUGGAACAUAUCAAACAGCUAUAACAUGGUUAUAACAUGGUAGAUAAACUUCCUAAAACAAUUCACAGCUUUAUGAAAGAGGAGGAAUCGAAGAAAUUCAACUUCGAACCACACAAGUUUAACUUAACAAAACUGUGCUACUGGCAUCAUCUGUAUAUUUGGAUAGUCAGUUAGGCACCUGCACCAUCCCGCUAUAGCCGGCGGCCGCGCAUCUACUGGAGGUGCGAGUUGAGUCAGCGUGUGUCCCGCGUCAUGGACUGAUCGAUGAGCGGGAGCGGGGGCGGGGGCGGGGGCGGCCGAUCCACUCGGUCCGGGCGGCACCAGGCGCCGAGCCGCCCGCUGCCGCUCGCGCCUUUUCAGGCCUCUUGAAGCCAAUAACCAAAGCCGGUCGGAUCGAUGGCCAAAACAUGUUGUGCGAACACGGGGCGGUGCGGCGGCCGGUGCGCCGGCGCAGCGCGCGUCCGGCCGCGCCGCCGCCACCCCGCCCGCCGCCCGCCGCCACGAUUGCGCUGUGAACUGCCGCCAGCGAGGAAGAUGGCGAAUUUGAGCGCGUAUUGAUCGGGUCGAGCGAGCUGCGGCGGCGCCGGCGCGGCGGCCUCGGGGCGGCGGCGCCAGCGGCCGGGCCGCCCGAAUUCGGAGCAGCCGUCCAGGCGGCCGGCGGCGCGCCUAUUGAUCGCCGGCCGGCCCGUCGGGUGGGGUGAGAAGUGGCCGUCGGUUUAACUGGCCGCCCGCCGGGUGGGGCCGGCCGGCCCGACCGCAGCGGCCCACGGGUCACCCGGCAAUGCGCAGUGAGCUGGCUCACGGACCGACUGCGGGUUUGGAAACCAUGGAUUUCGAGCGUCAAGGAAGAGUGAUAUAAAUGGAAUGUAGCAUAAUAAUAAUUAUAAGCAGCAUAAUGAAAGUAUAAUUGAAGCGUUUAAGCGCAAUAAUUUUCAAUAGAGAUCUUAAAGAAAUUGCGGCACAAACAUUGCAAUGGGCGCAUUUUGCCCCAAACCUCUAUUUCUAUUUUUAAAAAAAAGGACUCAAUUGCCGGAGCCGAACAGUACUGUCCAUAAUCGGAGGAGCAAACACUGCGCAAAAAAGCUGAGCAGCGGACGGUGGACGUAUCGGUCAAAAAAGACAUCAUUAUUUUUAGCGCCAUGUUACUAAGCGGCGCAAAGCCCGUGUAAUGACGUGACGGGCAGGUGGGGUGCCGUCCUCCACAGCGGGCCAGUUCAAUCGGCCACGGUCGGCUGCCGUGGGGCGGCGGGGCACCGGGCCGGGCCGGGGGCGGACACGGCAGGCGUCGCACACGGUCGGCUGUGUGAAUAAUGAGCCUCCGCGCGGCGGCCGUCAGCGCUCGUCCCCAGCGGACGCCGCCAGGUGUUCCAACUCGGCACGUGGCCCCGCCGCCGCCGCCGGGGCGGCACUUUAACCGACCGACCCGCACCCGUCACAGAUUCAUACUGACUGCCAAAAGUCAGACCACAUAGCCAGCAUCAUAUUUUACUAGUGUGAUGUUUAAUUUUUGUUUAUAUAUACUUAUUUAUAUUUAGGAUACUUCGGCAUGUUUUUACCCUAAAAAACCUACACGCUGCAUAAAUAUAAAAAUCAAUAGGUACACCUUUGGCAAAUUAGAACGGACACCAAAGACGGCACUUAUCCUGUCAAUAAUGAAGACUGAGACGUUAUUCGCCAACCAGCUCAUGGCGAAAUAGUCCGUAGGAGCUCACACAGCUGACAGUGUGGAAGCAGUACCGCCAUCGCUCCUGGCCACAUCAGUCGUGCCAUUUCUCCCGUCCUCACGCUCGCCGGUA